CAAUAACAAUAACAAUGAGCAACGAAAUUAGGAAAUUAUAUAAAAAGCAACCCAACCCGACCGACCAACUUGGUAUGAGACUUGACCAUGCGCAUUUCAAAAUUUAUUACCAAACCUGACAUUUUACCAAAUGUUGGUAUGAGUCACGCAUUGACGCCGGCUAAACAAAUCCGCGGCUCUCGAUACCUUAUAAACGCUAAUUUUUAUUUUUAAAUAAAAAAUGCAUAUAAUUAUAAGAAAUAAUAUUGAGUAUUAGUGCAAGUGGUAAAGUAAGGCUUUUUGCAACUGUUACGGAAUAAUUUCCAGAGCAAGUGAAACUGUGUAUUUAUAAAGUGGAGAAGAAAUGUGUAACUAGAACCCACUAAAGUUAUUACAAUAACAACAAAAAGUUUUUCAGUUUUUAACUUGGUCAUUAUUACAUAAUAUUGAUUUAUCAAAAAGCCGGCUAAAAAGUGAAAGUAGUGAGUCUUCCUUGGAAAAUAAAUGACCUUGUAUAGCAACGAAUUCAACUACAAAAAUUUCUAAUAACAACGGAAGAGAGUAAAUCUCCAGGAAUUAACUUAUAGCCAACAUAUAUAUCUACUUAUUUUUAUGUAAUAAAAGUUUAGAGCAAUUGAAGAAAAAUUCUACAACGUAAAAAACAAACUUUAAUAUUGAUACAUUCUAAUAACCCUUAAAAACGAUGGAUCGUUCCAGUGUUAAUGCAUUUAAAAAUCCAUUUGGUACUCGACCGUGGAUGGCAAACACAAGUGCAGCUGCUGGAGCUGGUGAAGGUUCGAAAGGUUUGAAAGGCAUUGUUGCUGGUGGCAUAACUGGUGGCAUUGAGAUUUGUAUAACUUUUCCCACUGAAUAUGUUAAAACACAGUUGCAAUUGGAUGAGAAAGGUGCUAAUAAAAAAUAUAAUGGCAUAGCCGAUUGCGUUAAAAAGACAGUGCAAGAACGUGGUUUCUUUGGAUUAUACCGAGGUUUGAGCGUACUGCUAUACGGUAGUAUACCAAAAUCUGCCGCCAGAUUUGGGGCUUUUGAAUUUCUACGUUCACAUAUGGUUGAUGAGAACGGCCAACUUAGCAAUCAAGGAAAACUUUUAGCAGGUUUAGGAGCAGGUGUUUGCGAAGCUAUUGUUGCCGUUACGCCAAUGGAAACUAUAAAAGUGAAAUUUAUAAACGAUCAACGUAGUGCGAAACCACAAUACAAGGGAUUUGUGCAUGGCGUCGGCACCAUUAUACGUACUGAAGGAAUCGGUGGCAUUUAUAAAGGUCUUACAGCUACAAUACUUAAACAAGGCUCAAAUCAAGCUAUACGCUUCUUCACUAUGGAAACCCUUAAAGAUUGGUAUAAGGGCGAUGAUCCUAAAAAGAAUGUUCCUAAAUUGAUGGUUGGUGCAUUUGGUGCUAUUGCUGGUGCUGCUUCAGUAUUCGGCAACACGCCUUUGGAUGUAGUAAAAACACGCAUGCAAGGCCUUGAAGCCUCAAAAUAUAAAUCAACGGCGGAUUGUGCUGUACAAAUAUUGAAAAACGAAGGUGUAACUGCAUUCUAUAAGGGAACAGUACCGCGUCUGGGACGAGUCUGUCUAGAUGUUGCAAUUACUUUCAUGAUUUAUGACUCGUUUAUGGAACUGUUUGGCAAAGUUUGGAAAUAGUGCAAGUUAUCAUAUAAGAUGAGCUUAGUUUAAACAUGACAUUAUUAAAUGACAGAAAAAUGUAGUAGGUUUGUUGGUUAAGUGCUUAAUUAUUUCAAAUAAUAAAAAAAAGAAGAAAUCAUUUAGUAAGUUCAGAUACCACAACAAGUAUAGAAAUGGAAGAUUUUAGCAUAUGUGAUUUAAAAAGUGAUUGUAAAUGCAUGAACGAAUCACCUAGUCAAUAUAAAGUAACAAAUAAAUAUAUUUACAUACAUAUAUAUAUUCAUUCAUUAAGCAUCUCAACAACGUAUUUGAUAAUUGCCAAUUUAUAUAGAACGAACUUAUAUUUGUCAAUAUACGAAAUUUAUAUGUCUUUAAGCUAAUUUUAUUAACUUGCAUAAGAAAGAUAUUUUAUCUUGUAUACGCAUUAGAGAAAAAUAUAUUGAAAGAACAUAAU